GCAUUUGAUUUGUCACAUUUUGUGUUUCAGAAAAUUUCUGGUGCAUGCUGUCAGUGAUUAUGUAGAGAGCCAAUCGUAUUUUUUCAUGGCUCUACCGUCGCUGUUGUUCUCACCUGCCCGUCGAUUUGCACCUCAAUUCCGCCCAUCAACAUGCAACACGAGAUUGCUUUUCAGAUGCUGUACAAAUAUCCCAGACCCUAAGGAAAAGACGAGAUCAUUGAUCAAAUACGUCCCAUCAUCCAUUGUACCCUAUUGGAAAUUGGCGCGCGUGGACAAGCCCAUUGGGUCGUGGCUGUUGUUUAUACCCGGAGCAUGGAGCAUAGCACUGGCAGCGCCUGCUGGAGGGCUUCCGGAUGCGCGAUUGCUGGCUUUGUUUGGCGUGGGAGCGCUCUGCAUGCGUGGUGCUGGGUGCACGAUCAAUGACAUGUGGGAUGUGGAGUUUGAUAAGAAGGUGGAGAGAACGAAAACCAGGCCGAUUGCCAGUGGCCAGGUAUCGUAUGGCCAGGCCACGGCCUUCUUGGCAUUGCAGCUCAGCGGAGCACUAGCUGUGUUGCUCUCACUCAACUUCUACUGCUUUCCUCUCGGUGCCUUGGCCUUGCUGCCUGUUGCCAUGUACCCUCUUGCCAAGCGCUUCACUGACUGGCCUCAAGCUGUCCUCGGUUUGACAUUCAACUGGGGUGCUAUCAUGGGCUGGGCUGCUGUGCAUGGCUCACUAGACCUGGGUGUUGUAGUACCGCUCUAUAUAGCCUGUAUCAACUGGACACUGGCCUAUGACACCAUCUACGCCCAUCAGGAUAAGAAAGAUGACAUCAAUGUUGGUGUGCGCUCGACCGCCCUGCUGUUUGGGGAUAGGACACGCGGUGUGUUGACUAGCUUUGCACUGAGCAUGGCUGGACUGCUGUCGCUGGCUGGCUACAACGCUGCACUGACUGCACCCUACUAUGCAGCAGUUGCAUUGGCUUACGUGCACCUGCAGCACCAGAUUAGCACGGUGGACUUGGACAAGCCAGCUGACUGUGGUGCCAAGUUCAUGUCUAACCAGCAGAUUGGGCUCAUCCUCUUCAUCGGUAUUGUUCUCGGAACGCUGCUGAAAAAGCCAACAACAGCGGAAUCUGACUGCUCACAGCGUCCGCGAUCGACUAUCCCAACAGAGUGAUCUUGGUGCUGCUGUCUGAGAAAUCUGCACGUUGCCCAAGGAACGGGAAAUCUUUGCAGAGGAACUGGGUGAUUGGGCUCACCUUUGCUGGAUUGUUUUCACAACUUCUAUCUCUGGCAGUGGAUGUUGCCUUGCAGUAUUAAACCAUGGUAUUAAACCGUGCUAUUCUGCUAUCCGGAGCGUAGUACGGUAUCCAACCCAAUGUCAGCUAUACGCUACACAGUAAGUCAAGGGCAGUGACAUUGUUCACUGUCAUCACCUGCAGUGUGCCCUGUAGCACUGUGAGACUACCGACGGUGGACAGUCCACCAGCCUCCAGCAGUCGGAAGCUGGCGUGCUCCUCUUCGGUGACGUCAACUAGCUAUGGGCGUGAGGAGCACUCUGCUGGGUUACGAGUGCUUGUCAGACCAAGACCAGCGGGUACUGGCACUGUUAGUUGUAAUCUACUUCUUAAGUACUGCUGAGUGGAUUCCCAGCUAACGCCAGCUGCAAGGCAUUAGCUACCUUGCACCGAGGACUCUGUGUUUGGUCUCCACUGGCUUUGUUCAAUCAAGUUACUGAACAACAAGUAACGUUACAUGAUCGUAGUGGUGUCAAUAUUGUUCCCAGCCACCACCGGCACCAUCACCCCACCGGCUAUGUGUAGUACACUGUAGCGAUAUGUGAUGCGAUAACAACUUGUGCCAUGGUGCUGCUAGCACAAUGCCAGCAACACCAUGGCACUUUCUGCCUUUGCUUAUUAGAUGUACUUCGUACCAACCAAUUGGAAUAUUAUCUCUUCACAGGGUCCAGAAGAAAACUAUCCUUGAGAUCACCAUCCAGCAGGGAUGAAUUUACUGUCAUAUUUUUGCAUAGCAGUUUCUGCUAUACGAAAUCACAAUUGUGUAGCAGUCUUUGAUUUUGAUUAGCCUCUUUUCUUUGAAGGUAGGGUAUUUACCACAUUGUCCUUCUUGAGAGUGAUGCCUGAAAGCCCAUUUGGAGAAAAAAACGACUGAAGCAUA